AUGUUUCGCGUUUUGUGCAUCCUCGCUCUCGUAGCCGCAGUCCACGCAUGCAAGCCCUGCACAUGUGGAGUGGCACGAGGUGGCAGAGUAGUCGGUGGGGUGGCAGUUUCCCCUGGCGAAUUCCCCUGGCUGGCGGCCCUCCAGAGAGAUGGCAAAGUAAUCUGUGGGGCUACAGUUGUUGCGAGGGACCACUUAAUCACCGCUACACAUUGUAUUUAUGGAGUGGAAGCCACUCGUCUCACGGUGUUGGUCGGCGAGUACGACGUGAACAAUACGCGCUCAGAUGGCAUCCAGGUGUCCCACGUGACCCAGCAUCCGGACUUCAAUCGGUACACAUACGACAACGAUAUAGCAGUGCUGCGACUGGCUGAACCGCUGCCUGACAACUUGUACAGACCUGCUUGUCUACCUGAUGAUGACGAUACACUUGAAGGCGAAGAUGCUGUUGUAUCAGGAUGGGGAAGCACUGUCGAAAAGGGACCCGCAUCAAAUAUACCAAAUAAAGCGAAGGUACAAAUUUGGACCCAAGAUGACUGUAGUGGGGCUGGUUAUGGCCGCAGGAAAGUGACUCCCCGCAUGCUGUGCGCUAACGCCCCAGACCGUGACGCUUGUACUGGUGACUCUGGUGGUCCCUUACUAGUUCCUCAGCCACACUUCACUAUUGUAGGUGUUGUGUCAUGGGGUCGAGGCUGCGCAAGACAAGGUUAUCCGGGAGUUUACGCGCGUGUGGACCGUUUUCUGCCGUGGCUUCGAGCAGCACUCCGGCACGCGUGCAUGUGCACUCCGCCUUCUAUAUUUUAA